UUGCCCAGGACCAACCCAUUCAGCAUCCACAGUCCGACAGAGAGGAGGGAGAGCGCGCACCCGAGCACGAAACUGGGAGCAGAGGUGGACCGUUUGCGCAAAAACUUUUUCCAAGCGUGGAUCGCUUUAGGCGCGGCGUUUUAAUAGUUUGGAUCUUUUUUUUAAAAGUCUUUCUGUUUGGAAAACUGACGCUGAAUUCCUAACGUCUGACUGACAGCAUGAUUCCCUCCCACCUGUUCCUGCUGGCAGUUUGGAGCUGCAUCCUGGCCGCUGCGUCGGUUGUCGUGGACAGGAGUUUCCUUCACACCUCGCCGGAUCCUAGUGACCUGGACGAGGACGUGGUCUACCAGCAUAUGCGCAGACUGUACGAGAAAUACAACAGGGGGGACCGCCUCAAAGAGGGAAACACGGUCAGGAGUUUCAGAGCCAGCCGAGACCCUGCUGACCACAGGAYGGUGUACUGGCUCAACUUCACAACCCUGCAGGACUCAGAGGUCAUCCUCUCUGCCACAUUCCAUUUCCUGCUUGACAAGCAUCCAAAAUCUUGGUUCUGUAAACGCUUCAAGAGCCCGUCGUGUCGCUCCGCAGCCACGCACGCCUCUCCGUCCAUCAGCUUGCUCCUUCGCUCUUCUGAAGCAGGGUUCAGAUCUGGGUCAAAGGGGUCACUUCUGGGCAACGUGACCUUCCACCCCCACAGGGGAGGGGUGUGGCAGAUGAAAGACGUGACCCAGGUCAUCAAGGAAGCACGAGACAGGGGUCAGCAGCUGGUGUCAGUUGAAGUGGACUUCGGAGAGCAGCGCCACAAACAGGCAGGGGAGAUUCUCUCCGCUGAUAGCGCGCCCUACCUGCUGCUGUAUGCUGACGACAAAGCUUUGACGGAGCCGAACAGCGUGGCUGCUAGCCUGCAGAGGUAUGACCCGCUCAACGAGGGGGCAGACCUCCUGCACAGGCCCAACUCCUCAGCAAAGCUGAAAGGACGCGUGAGAAGGGGAGCAAAUCUGCUUUCGGACCCCAUCCAGAACAACGAGCUGCCUCAGGUUGAGUACAAGCCCAGCGGAUAUAAGAAGGACGAGCUGUGGGAAAGCAACUGGUACCUUGCGUUAAAACCCAAAUUUAAAUCCGAAACGAAGGGAAAACGGAGAAAGGAGGAAGUCAAAGCUGCGCAUCGACCUCCGGUUUUGAACAAGGCUGAACGAACACCGCAGCUGAUCCAAACGGGCGAUCUGACGGCUAAAAACCGCAAAGAUGGCCGCACGGUCGUCGUCAGCGAGAGGAGAAAGAACGAGCGACGGAACGAGGGGAGGAAACACAAGGGGAGCGCUGACGCUCAGUCACCCGUUCUGAGUUUCGACGAACAAACGAUGCGGAAGGCCAGGAGGCGGCAGUGGGGGAACAGCCAGGACAGACGGUGCUCCAGGAGAAACCUCCGGGUGGAUUUUGAAGACAUCGGCUGGAGCGAGUGGAUCAUAGCUCCCAAGGCCUUUGAUGCCUACUACUGCGCUGGGACGUGUGGUUUCCCCAUGCCACAGGUGGUGCGGCCGUCGAACCACGCCACCAUCCAGAGCAUAGUGCGAGCCGUCGGGAUCAUCCCCGGAAUUCCCGAGCCCUGCUGUGUCCCAGAAAACAUGAGUCCUCUGGCUGUGCUCUUCCAGGACGAAUCCAUGAAUCCGGUGCUCAAAGUUUACCCCAACAUGUCCGUCCAGUCCUGCUCCUGCAGGUAGAGAGGUAGAAAAAAACAAAGAGGGAUUUCGAGCAAAACUGAAAACAGGACUUCGGUGAGACGGAUUUGUGUAUCCGUUAAAUGGUUUCCUCACCCUGAGAGACAACGUGACUUUGCCCAUCUUUAGGAACGUGAGGCUGAAGAGAAAUGACUUGUGUCUCGUUUCCCCGCAGCAGCAGGCUCAGUAAAAACCAACCGGCUUGUGUCUUUGUUGGGUUGUCAGAGACGUCUAGUAGUUUUUAUGCUGUUUGGAAUUUUACUCAUCUGGGAAAAGCAUUAAAGAGAUGUUAUUCUUUUAUUAACAGAAAUCUUUUUUCUUGACAGCUCAGAGUGAGAUCAUGUUUAUUUGCAUUUGUUGAAUUUAAUUCAAACCUUUUUAGAGGCAGCUCAUAAGAAACAAAAAAAAAGUUAAGUUGUUGUUUACCCACGCAGUGUUCGUUUAUUUGCGAGACGGGGAAUUUAUGAUUCGCGAUGUUUAUUUUAUUAAAACAAAAGUUUCUGAUUAUUUUUAAAGAGCACCUAAAAUUAAUGUUACCAACUCCUUUUUAUCCCUUGAAGAGUGUUAGAAUAAAAUCAUAACUAUUUUUGUAUUUUGAAUGUGAAAUUUGAAAAUUAUAACUAUAAGUAGACUUUGUAUGAUUAUAUUUUAGAUGACAGUUUUGUACGUGUGUAUUGUUUAAAUUAUGAAAAAAAAUAGCCUCCUGGAAUAAAAAUGAAAUUAAAAUACAAA